GUUGUACAGAAGAGGUCCGGUUUCCUGAAGCAGCUGGAAGUCCUGGAUGGUUCCCACCUGAAAGUCCGUUUGCAAAGGCAAUGCGCACUCAGGCACCAGAGGGCAGAGGACAGAAGCUUUUCCUCAAAGGUGCAAAAGGAGCAACUGUGUUGAACAGGGGCUCAAGUUCCAGGGUUUUAAGGUGCUUGGAACUCCCAGGAGCCUGGCAAAACCUUCAUCCAGAACCUCUUCCUCAAGCAAGACAAAAAGCUGCUAAGCACUGCUCCCUCCGUCUCUGUGAAGAGACCAGCUUCUAACAGACAGUGCUGGGCUGACCCCCCAUCAUGCCAGGCUGGCUCACCCUCUCCACACUCUGCCGCUUCCUUCUUUGGGCCUUCACCAUCUUCCACAAAGCCCAAGGAGACCCAGGUAAGACCCCAGCCCAGGCCAGAAUCUGGGGAAAUCUUGGGGAGUCUGCAAGGGUGGGGAAAGGGGAAAGGGCAGUUGUUGCAGGAGUGAAAGUCAUUGCUGAGAAGGCAAUGGAGGAGAGGGUUGGGGGGCUCUGGAGAAAGCAUUUGGGGAGCAGGGUCUGUUGGGCACUUGGGGCAGUGAGGAUCGGGGGUUCCUGCCACUGUGGCCCCCUCUGCCCAGCAUCCCACCCGGGCCCCCACUACCUCCUGCCCCCCAUCCACGAGGUCAUUCACUCUCAUCGUGGGGCCACGGCCACGCUGCCCUGCGUCCUGGGCACCACGCCUCCCAGCUACAAGGUGCGCUGGAGCAAGGUGGAGCCUGGGGAGCUCCGGGAAACUCUGAUCCUCAUCACCAACGGACUGCACGCCCGGGGGUAUGGGCCCCUGGGAGGGCGCGCCAGGAUGCGGAGGGGGCAUCGACUAGACGCCUCCCUGGUCAUCGCGGGCGUGCGCCUGGAGGACGAGGGCCGGUACCGCUGCGAGCUCAUCAACGGCAUCGAGGACGAGAGCGUGGCGCUGACCUUGAGCUUGGAGGGUGUGGUGUUUCCGUACCAACCCAGCCGGGGCCGGUACCAGUUCAAUUACUACGAGGCGAAGCAGGCGUGCGAGGAGCAGGACGGACGCCUGGCCACCUACUCCCAGCUCUACCAGGCUUGGACCGAGGGUCUGGACUGGUGUAACGCGGGCUGGCUGCUCGAGGGCUCCGUGCGCUACCCUGUGCUCACCGCGCGCGCCCCGUGCGGCGGCCGAGGCCGGCCCGGGAUCCGCAGCUACGGGCCCCGCGACCGGAUGCGUGACCGCUACGACGCCUUCUGCUUCACCUCCGCGCUGGCGGGCCAAGUGUUCUUCGUGCCCGGGCGGCUGACGCUAUCUGAAGCCCAUGCGGCGUGCCGGCGACGCGGCGCGGUGGUGGCCAAGGUUGGGCACCUCUACGCCGCCUGGAAGUUCUCGGGGCUAGACCAGUGCGACGGCGGCUGGCUGGCUGACGGCAGUGUGCGCUUCCCAAUCACCACGCCGCGGCCGCGCUGCGGGGGGCUCCCGGAUCCCGGAGUGCGCAGUUUCGGCUUCCCCAGGCCCCAGCAGGCAGCCUAUGGGACCUACUGCUACGCCGAGAAUUAGGCGCCCACUGUGUCCCCUCCAGCGCGCGCGAAGCUUGGGAGUCGUGGCGGGGUUCUGUCGCCACCCCUUUCCGGAGAGCCUCCCCUCCCUCCAGACCCGGAGCGGCCUCUCCAGACCUGCCUUCCCAGCCGGGGGCUGCGGGCCUCGGACCCCGGCUGGCCUAGCGGCGGGGAGGGGAGGCGGGGGCGCCCCCGGCGGCGAGAUGCGGAGGUGACCCUCGGACCCGCUGCGGUUCGCGAACCCCAGCGGAGGACUCAGCCACCGCCGGGGGGAGGGAGAGGCGGCUGGGGGCAUUAACUGACCUCUGAGUACGGCA